UCCUCUUCUGCUUCUUCGCCUUCGUAGCUUCUUGACGUCACCAAAUCGCUAACCCUUUUUGAUGUUCGAACUCUCGGACACAUACACUUCGGGUUCUCACUAAUCCCAAUCGCAUAACUAUAUUCGUAUAUUUGAGAUGGGAGAUAAAGAGGAGUUCGAUGAGGGUGAGAUUGAGUACACUAGCUACGCAGGCGAGCAUCACUUGCCUUUGAUUAUGUCUCUCGUGGAUCAAGAACUCAGCGAGCCUUACUCCAUCUUCACUUACCGCUACUUCGUCUACCUCUGGCCUCAGCUCUGCUUCCUGGCCUUUCACAAAGGUAAAUGCAUAGGAACCGUAGUGUGUAAGAUGGGGGAGCAUAGGCAGAGUUACAGAGGGUACAUCGCCAUGUUGGUUGUCAUCAAACCGUAUCGUGGUCGAGGCUUAGCCACAGAGCUUGUAACAAGAUCAAUAAAAGUGAUGAUGGAAUCUGGCUGUGAAGAGGUAACGUUGGAGGCAGAAGUGUCAAACAAAGGAGCGUUGGCUCUAUAUGGGAGACUCGGGUUCAUAAAAGCCAAACGGCUACACCACUAUUACUUGAAUGGGAUGGAUGCUUUUCGGCUUAAGCUUUUGUUCCCAAGGCCUCAUGUUCCUCAAAUGGUUUCCGAGGAUCAAACCGAGCCGGAGCAUGAGAUUUUCCCAAGGCCUCGUGACUGAAAUGACAUGAUGACCAAACCCGAUCACUUCCUUUUCAUAGUUUCAACCUUGAGGCCAUGGAAAAGAAGAUGUUGUAUUGCUUCUCUGUAUUCCAGAUAGUGAACAUAACCUAGACUAUCUUCUGUUUCAUAUUAAGGAAUUACCAAAGUUUUGUUCAGGACAACAACAAAAAAAACUUGUUUAUUUUUUCGAACAAUAUGCAAUCAUUAAAACUGGUGGUCAUAUUUUGGAUAGAAAAAUUAUAAUUGCAUAUUA